AUCUCUGUGGCUGGACCCCGCGCGGCGUGUCCGCGGCCAUAAACCAUCUCUCGAUUCUCCUCACGCACCGCUUCUCCCCGCCCGCCGGCUUCCAAGCGCAACCAGAAAAGCAAGCCAUGUCGCGGUGGCGCGCCGUCGCAUCCCGCCUCUCCGCCCCCCACCUCCUCUCCAGGGCCUUCUCCAAGCCUCCGCCGCUUCUUCCCCAGCCUCUGUCUAGGACCUUCUCCAAGGCCGCUGCCUCCGCCGCCGCCACGUCGCACAGCCCUAGCGCGGCCUCCUCUGCCGGCCCGAGGCCCGAGGUCCGACUGAAUUCUAUGUUCCUGUCCAAGCCCUCUUCACUGGCAUUGCCUCCUGAUUCUCCUCUUAGAGCAGAAGAUCCACACUAUGAGGGAAUUAAGCGCUUGAUGCUCACGCUGCUGCUGUUCUACAGUAAGCAAAGCAAGUCCAUCAGAGGAGCAAACGCUGUUUAUCACCGCAUCACUUCUCAUGUUGACAAGCCUGAUAUCUAUGAAGUGUUUCAGUUGGAGAAAACAUUUAAAACAACAUUUUCAUUGCUUGUUCUCCAUAUGUGGCUCGUUCUACGUCGCUUGAAGGAAGAAGGAAAGGACGGUGUUAAAUUUGGGCAGUACAUCUAUGAAACUUACAAUCAUGAUGUGGAGCUCAGAGUUUCUAAGGCUGGGGUCAACUUGCUAUUGACAAAAUGGAUGAAAGAGCUAGAAAAAAUAUUCUAUGGGAACAUUGUGAAAUAUGAUACUGCAAUAAGCCCAGAAGCAAGCCAGGAUGAUCUUGUAAAUGUCAUCUGGAGGAAUGUGUACGCUGACGAAGGUUCAGAGCCUAUGGACGCAGCUGCUACCCCUGCUGUCCAGGCACUGGCAAGAUAUACUCGGAGGGAGGCAACUUGCCUAUCAUUGACAGAUAAAGAAGCUUUGUUCUCUGGCAACUUCAAGUUUACGACCGUUUUGCCAACCGUCCCCAGCCCAGUGAAGCAACCGUCCCCAGCCCAGUGAAGCGACAUCGAUGAGCGUUGGCAUUGGUAGAUCAGUAUUCCAUAUGAAGGCUGGCUGGUAUACAUGGACAAGGAAGACUGAAAGUCCUAUCAUCAUUACAAAUAAUGGGAAAUUUCCAGUAUUUAUUUAUGCACGAAUCUCAGCAUUUUGGGCCAUUUUGGUGGCUCCACCUGCCUCUAGCUAGGAAUCUCCUUUAUGUUUAUCCUGUGUGAGCAUUGCAUUGAUGGGCUGCCCUCUCGGAAUAGAGCACACGGUGGAAACGUUUUCCUGGUUGAAUGCUUGUACUCCCUCCGCUCCUAAAUAUUUCUUUCUAGAGAUUUUAACAAGUGACUACAUACAGAGCAAAAUGAGUGAAUCUACACUCUAAAAUAUGUCUAUAUACGUCUGUAUGUGGUACUCCAUUUGAAAUCUCUAAAAAGACAAAUAUUUAGGAACGGAGGGAGUAGUAUUUUACCAUUUUCUUUGCUGGUUUGGACUUGAGAUCAUUCACAAUGUCGGUAACGAUGUAUUGUCUGCAUCACGAGCAUGGUUUUGGUCUCGUGGGUGAUCUGUGGAAACUGAUUGUGAAACAAAGCAUAUUGGAGCCAAUUUGUAAUUGCUGAGAAAAUUUCAUCA